AUGUCACUUGCUCUUGAUUUCUUGUUGCCUCCUCCCCCUGCUUCGUACAAGACUGAUCAGUCCCACGUUGUCCACGCUGGCUUGACUGCUACCAGCGAUCGUGUUCUUGAACCUGUUGGUCCUGGUUUCUUCGCCUACGCUCGCCGUAAGAGACACAACCGUACUUUCUCUGAAGAUGAACGUCACGAGGCUGAGGAAAAGGCCAAGCACAUUGUUGAAGAGGAAACCGUCGACUUUGAAUAUGAAGAGGUUGAUCCUACCACUGUCAACACUGAUCCCACCAACUGGAAGCAACAAGACAACUAUGCUGUUUUGGGCUUGACUAAGCUUCGUUACAAGGCUACCGAGGAGCAAAUCAAGAAGGCUCACCGUCGUAUGGUCUUGUUGCACCACCCCGAUAAGAAGGCUGACAAGAACGAUGAUGCUUUCUUCAAGUGUAUCGCCAAGGCUUAUGACACCUUGAUGAAGCCUGAGACUCGUCGUCAAUACGACUCUGUUGAUUUCGGCAUGAUCGCUAUCGAUGAUGAUGUUCCCACUGCCAAGACCGAGGGCGACUUUUACGAAUUGUGGAACCCUGUCUUUGAGCGUGAAGCUCGUUUCUCCAACAAGCAACCUGUUCCUACUUUGGGUGGUCCUGAAUCUACCAAGGAGGAAGUCGAGAGCUUUUAUGACUUUUGGUACAACUUUGAUUCGUGGCGUUCGUUUGAAUGGCUUGAUAAGGAAGGCGCUGAAGGUGCUGACAACCGUGACGACAAGCGUUAUCAAGAAAAGAAGAACCGUGCUCAACGUGCUCAACUCAAGAAGGAAGACAAUGCUCGUCUUCGCAAGCUUGUUGAUGUUUGCUUGAGCGUUGAUCCUCGUAUUGCCGAAUUCCGUGCUGCUGAGAAGAAGCAACGUAACGCAAAGAAGGAUGCUAAGGCUGCUGCUGCUAAGGCUGCUGCUGAGGAGGCUGCCCAAAAGGCUAAGGAAGAGAAGUUGGCUGCAAAGAAGGCUGCUGAGGAUGCCAAGGCUGCUGCUGCUGCUGCAAAGAAGAGCAAGGAAGCUGCAAAGAAGAACAUUAGAAAGGAAAAGAAGAACAUCAAGACCAUUGUUCAAGAAAACAACUAUGCUGUUGCUGGUACUGCUUCCCCUGAUGACAUUAACAAGCAAUUGCUCAAGCUUGAUGAAGUCCUCGAGAAGAACAAGGAGCUCGAACAACUCAAGAAGAUGCGCACUGACUUUGAGAAGGCUGUUGCCGAUGGAAAGCUUCCUGAAGUGUUUGCUAGCUAUGCCAAUUAG